CAUGUGAGACUGGGACUUUCCGUGGUGCUUGCCAAACGAGCCGGAGCUGGCGUCGCCGGCAGGAGCUCUGAGGUGAGUGGGCAAAGCUUUGGAGGCCAUUGUGAAGGUAGUGAUUCCGGGGAGGAUGGAGAAAGAGAGGGAGAGAGAGAAAGAGAGAGAGAUUGAAGAGACGAAGUUUGUGAGGAGGGGAGGAGAUGCGAGAAGGUGGAGGACAAUAAGCUGCUACUACUGUGGAUCCGCGACAGUUGGUUAGUUUAGGUACCUUAAGAUGUAAAGGUGUAUCAACAGCAGCUGAAACCGGGAAGUCAAAGUGGUUCAAAGUGGUUCCAACGGGGGGUCCUUUUAAUGAUGAUGGAAUCUCGCCACAACGCCCGUUAGGGUGUGUGUCUGUGUGUCUGUGUGUUUGGGGUGUAUGUCGAUCGCAUUGGUAGGUUGGAUAAAGGGCUGGUCGAUGUCGACAGAUUGCCGUCAUGGACCCAACUAUUGGUGCGACGAGAACCACCACCGACCAGGGGAAAGAGCGGGGGAAUGAGAAAGGAAGGGAAGAGAAGAGGGGGAGUUCAGAGAGGUUCAGAGUACUGAACUGUACGGUUACUUACUGGAGAGUGGGAGAUAGAGGAGAGGGAGGAAGAGGCGGAGGAGAGAUUAGAGAUGAUGAAGGAUUCAAGAGCAGAGAGGAAAGGGAGAAAAAAAACUAAAGCGACUCAACCAGCUGGGAUGAGG